GAUCUGACAAAUCCGAUUUUCUCCAAACUCUUUUCGGUCAUUUAAGACUUUAUUACUCAUUUAAGACUACGUUUAUGAGGUAACUCGCCAAAACCGCGCAUUUUUACACAAUUGUGUGUGUUUUCGUCCGUUGAAGUGUCUCGGUGUGUGUGUGUACAGCCGAACGCGCAGCCUUUCGAACUUCACUGCACUGUUUCUGCGGCGUAACCCCAGGUACUCACAUAAAGAACAAAUCAACACUGCUAGAAGAAAAAUCUCUCAAACCGGACCACCACUGACCAUUAUUAUGGACCUGGAACAGCACCUUCAGAAGCUGGAGUGUCACUUCACCUGGGAACUGGGAAGCAGUAAAAAUGAACUCCUGAUAUUACUGAGUAACUUGAAUGAUGUGAGCCAGGAAAGAUGCACUUGGCUGAUUCACUAUUAUAACCUCCUGGGCUACAUCCAACAGGCUCUUGGCUCCAACACAGAGGCUCUGAUGUACCUGUGCAAAGCAGAAAGUGUGAUGCAGGAGCAGGGAACAGAAGAAGCUGGAGUCCGGCUGCAGGUUAACAAGGCUAACCUGGCUUGGGUCUACUUCCUAAUGGGAAAGAUGGAUGAGAGCAAAAAAUACCUGGAAGAGGUGAAGAUGCUUCAGCAAAUGCAUCCUGCUCCACCUGGAUGUGCUCUACACCCUGAAGUCAGUGGAGAAAAGGGCUGGACGCUGGUGAAGUUCAACAAGUCCAAGAAGCGGCAGGCGAUUGAUUACUUAAAGAUGGCUUUAAAAGCAGAACCUGCAAGGAAGGAAUGGCACAAAGGUCUUGCCAUGGCCAUGAGCAAGACAUAUACAAUUUAUAAUUGCCCGCCACAGCUUAAGGCAGAGAUUGUAAAGCAGCUGAAAACUGCACAUGAGCAGGAACCAAACAGUUUGUUUUUUCAUGCUCUUUAUUUAGAAAAACGGUCUGAGGUGCAUCGAGAAGACAAUGAAAGACAGAUGCAAGAUUUACUAGAGAAAGCUAUUGAAACUGGAGACCUGGAGUGUUUGGGUACUAUUUUCAGGUAUUUUAGAACCAUUUCUGUAGAUAAAGCUAUUGAUGAAGCAGAGAGAGCUCGAAAAAAGUUCCCCACCUCAAACAGAGUGUUGAAAUAUCUGGCAAUUUGCAAAAAAUGGAAGGUUUUCAAUAUGAAGGAAGACAACAUGGAAAGGAGGACAUUGGCUAGGGAAUCCACUGAGCUGUUUGAGGAGGUUGUCAAACAUUAUCCUGACUCACUCAGAGAAAAGAUAGCCCUUGCGUCAAUGCACGAUUACGCAGGCAACAGUGAGAGAGCAGAUGAGAUUUACCAGCAAUUCCUGUUACAGAUGGAUGAUUUCCCUCCUCACAGCAAACAGUAUAUUUACUAUAGUUAUGCCUGCCAUCUAUACAUGUGCAGACGGUUAGAAGAGUCAAUCAACCAUCACAUGAAAGUGGCAGAAAUCCCAGAUAAUACGAUUGACAAACAGAAGAGCAUUAAGAUUCUUAAAAAAACUGGGAUGAAUGGCAGAAAUCCUCGCUGUGAGGAAAUUUGGAAUUUUCUGGAAAGAAUUCAUAUUGACGAUUAAAAUGUAACAACCCUCAAAAAUCACUACGGAUGAUGUUCUCUGUUUUACCUGAUGGACAAACUAUAAUGAAUAAAUUGAACAGAAAAUUAGAACUUGUUGAACUUGUAUUAAAAAUAUGUAUUUAAUAUUUCUCUCUUUUUAUCUCUGUGGAGGUCUUUACCUGUUUAAUGGCACUGUGUUCUAUUUUAAAAGAAUGUCAAUGUAAGAACAUUUAACCCAGGACAAUGUAAUAAAUAAAUAAAUAAAUAUAUAUAUAUAUAUAUAUAUAUAUAUAUAUAUAUAUAUGUAUAUAUAGUUUUUCUCUGUAUAAUUAAUUUCCAGAAUGACAAGCGGACAUUUCUUAAGUCUUUAUUUAAGGACAUAAACUCUGCAGUAAUUUUCCAUCUCGUAA